GUGCUGUCCUGUCGGGCUCCUGUCCGCUCCGGCACAGCACGGCACGGCACGGCUCAGCGUCGCAGACACAUCCUUACAGAGGAGAGAGAGAAAGAGAGAGAGAGAGCAGUGGCGAGCCGCAUCCGCGCUGCCGCUGCGUACGAAACAAACCACUCGUGUGUUCGUGUGUGCGUGUGCGCGCGUGUGCGCGUGUGUGUCUACAGACAGCCGGCGGCCACCGUUUGUUUAACCCUCCCGGUCCGGUUUGGAUUUACUGUGGCGUCUGCUGCAGCUGAGAGGAGGCUGGCGAGAGCCGGCGGAGCCACUGCAGCAGCAGGGAGGCACGGAGCGGUGGGGUGAGUCAGCGGAGCAGCAGAGGCACCCGUCCGACCACCGGGGGACCCCGCCCGCCCGCAGCCUCCACCCGCCGCGCUGGAGCUCGGCGGCGGUCACAGCUGUCAUCCAGAGAGGCCGAUAAUGGAGAAGAGGGAAGACACGUCUGGUGAGGAGUGAAUGAAAGAAGGACGGAGGAAAGGAAAAAGCGCAAGGACAGCAAGAGGCGAAGGAGGAGAGAAAACAAAUCCAACAGAGAAAAGGAACCAGGAGGAAAGGAAACGAGGAGGGUGGGGAAGAUGUGAAGAGCAGCAUGAAAAAAAAAAGAGAGACAGAGUUUAGGGUAGAUAGAAGCAGAAAGUGCUAGAGCGGGGAGGGCGGGGAGGGGGAGCACUCGGAGUCCUGAAGGAGACGGACGGAGUGAACGUACAGGAGCACAGGAGAGAGGUCCUCCUGUGAAGCGAAGGGACUGCUUAAAGGGAGGGAAGAAGCAUCUGGAUGGUCUCCACGGCGACGGCCGGCAGGUUACCCCCUCACCCGAAGAUGGCCUCCAACUUCAACGACAUCGUCAAGCAGGGCUACGUACGCAUGCGCAGCCGCAAACUGGGGAUCUAUCGGCGUUGCUGGCUGGUGUUCAAAAAGUCAUCGAGCAAAGGACCUCGUCGUCUGGAGAAAUACCCUGAUGAGAAGUCUGCCUACAUCAGAGCCUUUCCAAAGGUGACAGAGAUUAGCAACGUCAAGAAUAUCACGCGGUUGCCUCGAGAUACCAAGCGACAGGCGGUGGCCAUUGUGUUUACAGACGACACCGCACGCACCUUCACCUGUGAAUCAGAGCUGGAGGCAGAGGACUGGUUUAAGACGCUGUCAAUCGAAUGUCUGGGGACAAGGCUCAAUGACAUCAGUAUGGGAGAGCCGGACCUCCUGGCUGCUGGAGUGCAGUGUGAACACACAGAGCGCUUCAACGUGUUCCUCCUGCCCUGUCCCAACCUGGACAUCUACGGGGAGUGCAUGAUGCAGAUCACCCACGAGAACAUCUACCUGUGGGACAUUCACAACCCCCGCACCAAGCUGGUCACCUGGCCGCUCUGCUCCCUGCGGCGCUACGGACGCGACGCCACUCGCUUCACCUUCGAAGCCGGGAGGAUGUGUGACAGCGGUGAAGGCCUCUACACCUUCCAGACCAGAGAAGGAGAGCAGAUCUACCAGAGGGUCCACUCCUCUACGCUGGCUAUCGCAGAGCAGCACAAGAAGGUCCUGCUGGAAAUGGAGAAGAACAGCAGGUUGAUGUCUAUGGGGUCAGAGCCAGGCUCCUACCCCUGCACCCCCACCGCCAUCCUGCCUCGAUCCGUCUACUGGCACCACAUCACUGGAAACCAGACCGGCAUGGAUGGCAGUGGUGAUGCUGCCGAGGACGACCUGCUGUCCACCCACCUGCCUCCCGACCAUCACGCCACGCUGCCCUUGGCAAACGCACAUGCACAGUCCCAGCCACACAUACACAAACAAUCACCAAGACACUACCCCACGUACCCUAGACAGUGACACAUACACACAUACACGGAAGACGCUACGGACGUUGAAAGAGAUGCAGAGACAAAUAAAACACAUGCGAAUACAUGCAUGCAGGCCCACACAAUUCAUACACACACAUACACACACAUACACACACACACACACACACACACACACACACUGUCCUCCUUACGUUACACCUCACAUGAGAUGGUGUAGGUGUAGGACUGGCACUGGCCAACAGAACAUGCUGAAUGCAGGAAGUGAAAACUAAAUCCAGCAAAAGACUGCAAGGAGAUAGAGGAUCCUUACAUGACUGCAGCUCCUACAAUUCCACAGGAGGCAGGCAGGGGGGUACUUUACGUUUUUUCCACACUCAGGGUGAGAAACUCUGGCAGACUGGCAGGUAUUGUCAACUGUUUAAAUGUGCAAUGUGUAGAGUCUGUCCAGAAGUUAUUAAAACUAAAGAAAACUCUA